GCAACAAGAAAGAACAAAUACCUGUUGCCUGGACAGGAGCUCCAAGAGCCAUCCAAACAUUAGGGCUGUUUCCUGAUUGCCCCCCAGUAGGAGUUUCUCUCCCACCUGGGGCCCCCCUACACUCGCUCUCUCCUCAAGGCCAGAGGUCUGGAACAUUCCUCAGAUGAGGGUUGAACUAUUUCUGAGAGAAAACGGAGGCUCAGACAAAGCUAGUGAGUGUCCGAGUGGGAUUUGAACCUUGCUUGUCCUUUCAAGCCAUUCAGCCAGGCUGCCUCUCGCCCUUCAAGUUCUGUUACUCUGAGAUUCCAUAAGUUCUGGUCUGGUACUGGUAUUAGAAGAUUCUGAGACAAUGCAACUGGAUUCUGCUAAGAUAGACUGAGGGCCUACCCUGCUUCCCACUGGGGAUACGAAGAUUGGCAUGAAAUAAUCCCUGAUUUCAAGGAACAACCAGGAGCAAGUAUGGACACCUUCAGCACCAAGAACCUUGCUCUGCAGGCUCAGAAGAAACUCCUGAGCAAGAUGGCCUCCAAGACUAUGGCCAGUGUGUUCAUUGAUGACACAAGCAGUGAGGUCCUCGAUGAGCUCUAUAGGGUGACAAAGGAAUUCACCCGGAACCGCAAGGAGGCCCAAAAGAUCAUUAAAGACCUCAUCAAGAUCGUCAUGAAAUUGGGUAUCCUCUACCGAAACGGGCAGUUCAGCCCUGAGGAGCUGGCACUAAUGGAACGCUUUCGAAAGAAGGUCCAUCACCUGGCCAUGACGGCCGUCAGCUUCUACCAGAUAGACUUUACAUUUGACCGACGGGUCAUGGCCACCACCCUCCACGAGUGUCGAGACCUGCUGCACCAGGCUGUCAACACACACCUGACGAGCAAGUCUCAUUCACGCAUCAACCAUGUCUUUAACCACUUUGCAGACUUUGAGUUUCUGGCAGCACUGUAUGGACCCUCUGAGCCCUACCGUUCCCACCUGCGACGGAUCUGUGAUGGGAUCAACAAAAUGCUAGAUGAAGAUAGCAUAUGACCUCAGAAGUGAUAGGAAACAGAGGCAACUGUCCUGCUCUUGGCCUCGGAGGUGGGGGAGAUGUGUUUAUUCCCAUUUCUUUUCUCCCAUUCUGAAUCUAGCCCAAAUGACUCGAUCUACUCUCGUUCCUCAUGGUAUAAAAAGGGGUUUGCAACCCAUAGAAUUGUUUUACCAGCAGAUUUCACAGGCAUUGUCUCUACUUUUGUAGGAAAUGCUCUCAGGGAAUCUAGGAUCCCAAAGGGGAGCUUUUUGCUUCAAAAAAGGAGUGCAUUUUAUCAUGGAGAAGAAUGUGGUAUAGUGACUAGAGCCAACCUUGGUGUCCAUUAGUUGGCACCUCAGCUUCAGGGAACUGGCCAUACACCCCAGUGAAUGUCUUUUCCUCUGACUUGGUCCAAGCUUUCAUUCCUGUGUGUGGCUCAGGAACUAUCCUGUGGUCUUGUAAGAUCCAGCUGCAUUCACACCUCUGAAAGCUCAGUGUAUUCAGUCCAAGAGCUGGCGAGGAGGAACCUACCCCAUAGGAGCAGCAAUCUGUCCCACUCACGAAGUUGGGGUUUCAUGGAAAGCUAGUCAGGGCUGAGAAACUUAUUCAGCAGACAAGGGAAAGGCCUGAGAGUGCCAGCACACCCAGGCUUGGGUUUUUGGUUUGGGUUUUUUUUUUUUUUUUAGGAAGAAUCAGAUCUGUUUCAGAUAUAUUCUUAGGCUAAAGAGAUAGCUUGCAGAAGGGAGACAGAUAUGACUGUUGACAAGAGUUUGAUGGUUCACUUUACAUGUCCCUUUUUGAGCUCAAAGGCUUUAGUAUUCUUUAGUAUUUUUCCACUGUGGCUGGGACUCCCUUUCCACAUGUGGCAAAAGGCCAUGACUACCGCUAUACUCAUCCAUGAGAUGCAAAUUAAUCUUCUAAACCGUAACAGAUCCUCAUUUACAGUGAGAUCAGAGAUGCAGCUUCAGACCAAAUGACGAAGGAGCACUUUGGUUAUCCUAAGAGGAACCAAGAGGUUCCCAAAUGACAUUCUGUCCGCAGUUCUUCCAGCUGAUUCUAUCAAUGUAAUUGUGUUUGUUCCUUGGUAUUUCAUGGGUUUGGGAUUUUUUUUUUUAAGACAAGUGACACUACUGAGCUAUUUAAAUAAAAACACAUAACUUCUA